AGUAUAUGUGUCAAAUGCAAUUUGCAUUCGCUCCCAAAAACAAAAACAAUAAUUAAAUAUGUAUGUAUGAAUACAGUUGUGCCAUUAAAUAGAAAGCUACGGCAAUAAACAACAACAAAAGCCAUAAACAAGUGGAAAAAGUAUUAGUAAAUGAAAAUCAGACGCGCACCGGGCACACAUUUCUUCAUUGAAGCCACUAUGGAAGUAAACUUGUCAGACGAGUUUUAUGUCAACAGCAUCACUGACAAUGCCGCAGCUGCAGCUGAAGCGUUGCAACUGGGAUGGUGCGAAGGCAGCUGACGGAUGCCAUGGGCGGCGGGCAUAACUCUCAAACAAGGCAGCAGCAAUACAUGCAGUGUUGGUGAAGAAAAUUAAUAAACACAACAACAAAAGCAACAGCUCUGAGCAUAUCUCGCAGACAAAAAAAAAAUAAAAAUAAAAAUAACGAUGUAACAACAGUCUUGCUGAAUCUGGAAUCUGGAUUCAGGAAUAAAAAUGCACGCAUAAAUUAUACAGACACUUGCAGAACUCGCGGAAAAAAAAUGAAGUUGCCUACUGGAAUUUGUUGCAACUACCAAAUUUAGUAAGAAGUGGCAACAAUAAAAACAAAAAAGGCAACUAUCAACCCACAAAGUAAAAAAAAAAAUAUAUAUAUACAAACUCAACCAAUGUAUGUUGCAGCAUAUUCAGCAAUGGAAUGCUGGUAAUUUGUGGCAGCUGAAUGCACUACCGCGCUACCGUCUUCAGCACCUACACAUAAAUAUGUACAUACAUAUGGACGCACACAUAUAUGUACAUUACCUUCUGCUUCAGUUAGCCAGCGUUUCGCGCAACAUUGCCGUUGACCGGAAAAUCAACGUCAACAACAUUGACGUGCGCAACAUUUAAUGGCAUUGCAACAGUGUUGUUGUGUGUCUUUAACUUGCGCGCCAUAUGAGUGUGUGUAUGUACAUAUGUACUCUGUUAUGUUCAUCGACUGGUUAGCCUGGGAACCAGUGUAAAAUGUUGCAUGAUGUUGACCAGAACAAAAGUCAAAGCCAUAAGUUAUUCAAUACGCAUAUCAAUAAAGCACAUAGCAACAAUAAAAGAUAAAUAACAACAAGUAAACGGCGUACAUAUAUAUGUAUGUAUAUAAAAAUAAAGCUGUAAAAAUAAUCAACAAAAAGAAGAGAGUAAAGCUCCACUGCCACUGCCGCCGCCAAUAUGGAGGAGGACGUGUUGAACGCACUGCAAACGCGUACGGCCUACUUACCUGGCGGCUAUGAUCGCACGGGCAAAAUCAUCGUUGUUGUUAAUAUCAUCAAUGAUUUACAACUGUGGAAUCGCAGAUGUUUGGAACUAUCGAUUGCCUACUUAAAACGUGCUUUGAGCGCUGCUAUCUUGCAACGAGGCGUUACUGUCAUUGUGGAUGCACAGAAAAGUACAACGCGCAUCACUCUCAGAGCGGAGGGUUUCUGGGAGAAGCAUGUGGAGACGUGUACAAGCAAAUCGCAGGCAAAGGGAGAGCCUAUUGUAUUGUCGAAGGCGCGCUUAAUAAAAUAUUUCGACCUGUCGCAAUUGCCGGAGGAGUUAGGUGGCACUUUGUCAUUUAACUAUGAUUUAUGGCUGCAGCAGAGAAAGGCCAUUGAUGAAUUCCAAAAGACUUUUGAUUCCACACUCAACAGCAUGGAAAACUUGCAUGUAGUGCUGCUGAAUAAUAAAUCAUUGCGGCCAGCGGAAGCGGAUGUUGAGCUAAAGAAAUGCGCACAGCUGCAUACAAGCGUACAACAACAAAUCGAAGUGGUCAUAGAAUUGGGCAAUCGCGUAUUAAAUCGAUUGGCCGAGGCGUAUUCACCCCCCAAACUAGUCUCAGCUCAUACCCAUUCAUCGAGCGAUUAUUUACCCGUACAAAAUCAAAUGCCAAACACGUCCACUGUCAUAAGUAUAAAUGCCGUAUCUGCGCUUUCCUGCCACGAUCCAAAUGGCCACAGCUUUCAGUCACCUUCGAAUGCCACCUGCACCUCAACCAAUUCGCCCGCUGCACGUUUGUCCCUGCCGCCGGAUCUACAAAGUGCACGCGCACGCAUCGAACUUCUGCUUAAUCAAAUCGAACGUAAGCAAACCGAAAUACGCACCGCGUGGCUGGAACUUUUGCAGAGCAUACGUGAAGCACGCGAACUGACACAUCUGGAAGAGGGUGUCGCCUUCGUUACAAAUUGGAUUCUACAGACAGCCGAACAGCUGCUCAGUCGCCAGUAUAGCAUUGGCGGUGAUGUGCACAGCUGCGAGACGCUGCGUACCGCACACGAUGCACUCGAGCUGGAGUGCCGCGAAACGUAUGGCUUCUAUGCGGAAUUGCUGUAUAAAAUCGAUGCAUUCGCCGGGUUCAAGGAUACAUACGCCUAUAAGGAUUUGUUGUCGCAGCGUGAUUUCAUGCAAUUUGUUUGCCGCUCGUUUGCUACACGGCUUGAGCGGCGUCGGAAUGUGCUCAUCACAUCGUUGCGGUUUUUUCGACUCGUCAGCGAGUAUUUCGAUCGGACGACUGCGGUUUUCGAAACACUAGUCAUGGGAAAUAAGAUAGCAGAGGAGAAUUUCGAGGUGGCAGCGGAGAAUUUGCAGCAAUUGAAGGAGAGCCAAAUGAGUUUAGCCAACCUGGAACGCGAACUCGUUAAAGAGGGCGAAAAACUCAGCGAUAUGCUGGCGAUGCCGGUGAAAGAUGCGCUUGGCCGUGACCUACACAUCGACUACAGCGACGACAUUUGCAAUGUACGCGAUAUUUUGGAAACAACAUUGGCGCGGCGCAACAUCUUCAGCGACAGUGUCGAACUGCAGAAACUCACCUUGGAACAAGUGACACACAUUUACACGUACGAACAGGAUGGCCGCAUGGCCAUUAAGUGGAUGGAAGAUUUGUAUAAUGUCAUGAUCAAGUGCCAUUCGCACGUCGGCUGCAAUAUACACGAGAUACAGGUGCAGAAGGAUGAAUUGCAGACAUUUCAAGAAACUGGAAAGAGUAUCUACAACUAUGGCUGUCAAUUGUUGGAAGCCUCACAGGCGCUACGAAUUUCCUGUCGUCUCGAUGCUGAUGCCAUACCACAACGCUUGUCACAGCAAUUACAACACACUUGGCAUCGACUGCAGGCCAUAAGUCAGGAACAUAUGACGCGUUUGCGCGUUUCAGCCGUAUUCCAUCGCAGCGUCGAAGAAUAUUGCCAACAGCUGCAGGAGUUACGCUUAUCGGUGCGCAAUCUAAAGCAAACGCCGAACAGCAGUAGCGGCAUCAGCAGUGAAUCGGAUACGCGAGCCUCCCCGCCAAUCAUCAUUGGUAGUAGAAAUGGUGAAGACGCAGAUGAAGGUGGCCAUAGUGUUGGUGGAUUUGCAGACAAGUCAACUUCAACGACGACGACGACGACGACAACGAUGACAACGCCGACGACCUCGGCAGCAAGUGGAACAGCAGCACUGUUGCGUGAUCAGCUGCGCAAACAUUUGGUGGUGCGCGAACAGCUGCUGCUCGAAGUGGGUCGCAUGGUGCGACUGGGCAGAUUGUUGAAAACUCGUUUGAAAGAACCAUUUGUCUUGGACGCUAUUACGGGGAUGAGCAUUGCAGUUGAUGAGCUGGUAACGGAUGCAUCUAGUCCUGCCGGUGAUACGCACACUCAAACCUCCACUCCGGAUGGCACAACGACAAGUGAGAGCACUGCUGAGUCCAGCACCAUCGUUAUAAAACCCACUGGUAACAAUGAAAUUGCGUGUACGGCCAUUUCGAAUAAAUUGCAGGAGAUUGCCGAGGUGGCCGAAUCCUUGGACGCCUCUAUACGGGAUGUGCAGCAAGAUGCGGAAGCAUUGGAGGCGAAUGCUACAAGCAGUGCCGAGAAGAAGCGGGAGAAUAUGAGGAGUAACAGCAGUGAGGAUUGGCACUCUCGUUCUACGGAGGAUGACUCUUUUGUUACAGCAUCCGAAGGCAAUUUCACGCCGCAUUCACAUUCAUCCUCAUAUCAAACCGUAUCUGGUCGCACCUCCUCAUACAUUAGUUCCGACAAGAACUCAUUUGAUGUGAGUGAAGCUGAUGAUUCCACCUUCGCAUCUACUUAUGAAAUUCCCGCUGACAUUAAUAUGUCCUUCGAUGGCUCAGAGCAAAGUUUCGUAUCAGCUCAACAACAAGAAUCGAUGCCUUCACCACAGCAAACACAAACGAUCCAUCGUCAACCGAAACACACAGAAGAGCCAGAAGAGUGUGCUGGUGGCGCCUACGCGUUACCACCCACCGCUGAUGAAGGCGUUGUCAAUGGCGAUGGCGAUGGUGAUGGCAGCAGCAUUGCUGACGUGGAGGAGUUGCACAGUCAAAGUGUUACACCCACACCUGGUGAUGGUGAUAUGGAGCAAUAUAAUUUUCGUAGCAUACCCGUGGAGUCAGACUCUGAUUUGGAUACAUCUAGCAUAGUCGAUGCACCAACCAUAGAGAUGCUGACGGAAGUAGUGCCGGUCACAUCGGUGACGCCGGAGGUGAGCACGUGUUCAAGUACUGAGCAACAGCAGCAAACGCAAAAUCACAACAAUACCAAUACCACUAACAGUAAUAGCAGCAAUAAUACUAAUAGUCAAAAGCCAAAUGCCGCUUGGCGUCGCAGCAAAUAUUAUGAGAAUAUAACCAAGCAGACCAUUAAGGGAUUUCUAUAGAUGAAAAGCGUGCGGGGGCGGCGGCCAAUGACAAUGGCAACGCCAACGCAACGCAGCGCGACGCCUGCCUUGAAUGCGUUCCAUUUUACACACACGCACGAAUGCGUAUAAAAAA